AUAGCCGAUUUUAAUGGUAUCAGACCCACAAGAACAAGGAAGGUGAAAAUAGUACUUACUUGUGGAAGUCUCUGUUUAAGAGACUUCUAGCCUUUAUGAUCUUCUCCUUUCUCAGUUCUCACUUCAGUACUUGCACUCAUCUGGCUUGUAAGAAAAUUUAGGAGAAUUCCAGUAGGAGAAGAUGAUGACUGGUUAGAGCUUUAAAAGGAAAAGGAGAGGCCUUUAUCGUUCGAAACAUUUUAAUCGUUGGAAAGAAUCGCGCGAGAAACCAUAAAAUGAAGAGAGGAGAAGAAAGAUGGAUGAGCUUCUUAAACUUGCUAUUAGUCUAAGAGCAUGUUUGGUGAAGCUUGUGGUCAAUCUAACUUGUGGUCUGGCCAUUGACCAUACCAGAAUGUGCCCGACAGGCAACAAUAACCAAGACCACCCUCUAAUGGUGCGAGUAUGGCAAGAAGGGCUAGCAUUUGUCAGUGAUAAGCACAAGCCUGUGAAUCCAAGCUCAUGGGCAUUACUUGGGAUAAACUAUAGGGGUGUGGAAACAAAAUUAAGUCCCGGAAUAGUAUCCUUUGAUGCUAACUGGAGGGGUGGCUGCACAAGUUUCAUGGCUUUGGAAACUACUAUGGAAGAUCAUUAUCUGCUUGCAAAAUCUCCCAAAAUCCCGAACAGACCUUGGGGAACUCACCAAAUCACCAUGCAGCUGGUGUUUCUAUUGGUUGCACUCAAGCAUCCCCCAAAAACGAAGUUUCGUAUGGCUAACUCCAGAGCAAUCGUCAACAGUGCUCGGAACUACUCUAAGCUCGACAACUCACUUGGACCUAUCUGAUGGCCCGUAGCACGUAGCCAUGUGCACGUGAGAUGGGUGCUGCCGAAAGAACCCCUCAUCUCCUCAAGUGUCAUCCUAGUCAACCUCCACAUCAUCAUUGCUGUUGAUUCAUCAACCUACAUCACCAGCACACCUCAACAAACAGUUGAAAACUAUGAUAUGAAGCUUCAAAGGCCAGAGACUGAUGUUUGGGGGGUCUUCCUUCCUUCUGUUCAAAUUGUUCUAUUAGAGGAAGAAAAAGAAGUUGAUAUUGAGGGUGCCCAAGAUGGUGAUGCUCAUGAACAACUAGGAUGAAUGUUGUAUAAUCUUAAUGUUGUUAUUGUACACUUAGACUUUUGAGUGUUAAGUGCUUGAAAGUUGGAAUUUGUAGUUUCGUACAUAGGGAAUGUUGUGUUCUAAAAGUUAUUGUGUUCUACCUUCUACCCUCUUUUAUUCAACAGUAGGCUUUCUUCAUGUUUUGAUGUUAAGUAUUUAUUUUGGUACUAAUCUCCUGGUAUCUGGUAACCACAUUGGGUCCUGACUAAUUCGAAAUCAAGUUGCGUCAGACCC